AUGGAUCGUUUCAUGACACCUGUUGAUAGGCUUUUAAUGAGUUACCUUAAACAUUCUAAUCCUGAACCAACUAUUGUGCUGGAUAUGCUAGAUUCUGGUGCUAAUGUUAAUUGCAGGGAUAUGCUUAUAAAUAGUCCAUUGCAUUAUGUACUUAUGUAUUGUUCUGACAAAUUCAGAAUAGUACAGAUGUUAUUAGAAUAUGGAGCUAAUCCAAGCAUUAUCAAUACAGACAGAAAUUCAACUUUACACCUAGCAGUAAAAUUUUGUGAAGAUGCUGAAAUUAAAGUUAUCCAAGAACUUCUAAAUUAUGGAGCCAGUGUUCGUAGUAAAGAUAUAUUAGGUAAUUCCCCUUUGCAUCUGGCUGUAAAUGCUCACAAAGAAGCAAUUUUUAAACUUUUGCUCCAAACCAAAUCUGAUAUUAACUUAAGGAACUGGAGUGGGGAAACUCCUCUUGUAUGUGCUGUUAAAAAAGAUUUUGUGAGUGCUGUUAAAGAACUUCUAUUGCAUGGAGCUGUAGUUUCAGUAUCGACGGAUAAUGGUUCAACCCCUUUGCAUGUCGCUGUGAAAAAAUCUUCACCAAAUCUAGACAUUAUCAUUGAACUCCUGAAAUAUGACGCUGAUAUUUUUCAACUGGAUUCAAAACUUAAUUUUCCUCUAUUGCUUGCUGUUAAGAGGUAUUACAGAAAACCUUUUGAAACACUGCACUUAGCCAAAACAUUAUUAAAAUUUGAUGCUUUGCAAAAAUGUUAUAGGAAUAAAGGUUUUAAGUGUUUAGAUGAACUGAAGAAUUUUAAUGUCUUUUCAGAACUUACUAUUUUUUAUCAAGCAUGUAUUUCUGAAGUCAGUCGAAUGAAAUCGGAGCUUAUUCAGAGCAAUUUAUCUAUCUUAGAAUGUUCUGUUAAGACUUUAACAGAUCCAAAAAUUGUUCCAGGAAGUUUGCUUCAAAAAGAAUUGACUAUGCAGCAAGCAUUUUGUAUUUCUGCACAUUUUCCUAUUUAUCGAGCAAUUAUAGCUUCUUGUCUACGGAAAACUGACAUACAAAACCUGUUGCUAGAUUUAAAUAUUUUUGCAAACAAGGAUUUGGGUGAUGGAAGUUUACAGAGUAUUACUUUAAAUGGGGAUUUAACUCAUUUAAUAUCCUUUUAUUUGUCUAAAGUAGAUAUACUGAAUCUUAUAAUAGCUUUUUAUGCUAUUCAAGAUACUGCAAGAGUUUAA